AUGGGGAAAGCAGCUCGCGUACCGCAUCACGCCAUCUGGUGGGGGCAGAGGGUGUCACUGAGGAAGCACGGGCCACAUCAAGGUGGCAUUGGACGGUUCAACGGUGCAGAUACCGCCGUUAAUACCCCCGCGGGCAAGCCGAAAAUCUUGCAAGUUGCCAGGUUGCCUCCAUCAGUCGAUUAA